CCCGGGAGAAGGCCAAGGGGAGGGCGGGGCGGGUUUAAGAGCGGCGGGCCGGGUGCGGACGGCCGAGGCAGCGCCGGACGGGUCUUAGGUAUAUAAGGUUCUCCGUGGUUGGCUCAGAACUGCUAGUGGCAAAGAUAGCUGCGUCCAGACUGCUCGUUUGAGCACUGCCCUUUCUGUGCUAAUUUUCAGCUCUUCAACUGGGUAUUCUGUCCGUGUGUCGCAACCACAGAAAACCAGCAGGAUGGCUGCAAACAAGAGUAAAAGCCAGAGCUCCUUGGCCCUUCAUAAAGUGAUCAUGGUUGGCAGUGGAGGGGUUGGCAAGUCGGCCUUGACACUUCAGUUCAUGUAUGAUGAGUUUGUGGAAGACUAUGAACCUACCAAAGCUGACAGCUACAGAAAGAAAGUAGUUCUCGAUGGGGAAGAAGUCCAGAUAGAUAUUCUGGACACUGCUGGGCAAGAGGACUACGCAGCCAUUCGCGACAACUACUUUCGUAGUGGGGAAGGUUUUCUCCUCGUGUUCUCGAUCACAGAACAUGAAUCAUUUACUGCAACUGCCGAAUUCAGGGAACAGAUCCUCCGUGUUAAAGCUGAAGAAGAUAAGAUUCCAUUGCUGGUGGUGGGAAACAAAUCGGACCUGGAGGAGCGGAGGCAGGUGCCGGUGGAGGAGGCCCGGAGUAAAGCGGAGGAGUGGGGCGUGCAGUAUGUGGAGACAUCGGCCAAGACUCGGGCCAACGUGGACAAGGUAUUCUUUGAUCUAAUGAGAGAAAUCAGAGCAAAGAAGAUGUCAGAAAACAAGGACAAAAAUGGCAAGAAAAGCAGCAAGAACAAGAAAAGUUUUAAAGAGAGGUGUUGCUUACUGUGACUGUCAAGAUGAAUGAAGUCGAUCGCAGCUAAAGACAUGGGGCGGGGUCACUACGAGAAGACUCUGGUCUACUUCUUGGUGUGUUCCCUGCUCUCCUAACCUCAUUCAUGCAGACUUCUUUAAAUGGGGAAAAAUAUUUGUGAAUUAGUGGCUGGCAGAAGAAGUAUUCCCUUGACCUCGCAGUGGGCCGGCGACUUUGUCAGGAGGUUUCGGAGUUCACGUCUCCUUCAUUCUUCCCUUUCUCCCUUCUAGAAGUUUAAAAGCGUAUAUAGUGCUAGAGGUAGGAGGUAGUCCAGUGUUCAUUAAAAUGAAAGAGGACUGUUAUAGCAUCUCCCCCCACUCCAGUUUCAUAACAUUAGCAUCUUUUGUUUUGAAAUACACAUGUCUUACUUUAUUAGGUUUUGGGAGAAGGGGUGGGGUAAGGUUCCCCCAACCCUUCUGAGCUUAAUGGUAGCACUCAGAAAAAUCUAUUAAACUCUAAUGACACUGACAAAUUCAGAAGAUUUUUGGGGAUACGUUUCUUGGCAAUAUCCAGUGGAUCUGAAGCAUAGCUGAAAAAAAAUUUUGAAUUGGGCCAAACAGGUCAACACCAAGUGUAUAAAUCCUUCUCACAUAUGAAAAAUGAAAGUUGCAUUCUUUGUAUUUAAAUAUUGGCCAAUGAUAGUCUGUGUGUUGGUUAUUUUCCUUCUGUAGCAACCUGAUUUUUGCGUGGGAGCUUCUUCGUAAUAGACUAAGUGAAGAUUCAAGAGUAGUAUACUUUAUAAAUGACACAUUUUUCUAAUCAGAUUUUUUAAUUCUUUGGCUCAAUCUUCUCCUAAUUGCCAGUCCUGUGGUUAGGCCCGUCUUUCCUUAACCAGGAAGCAGCACAUUCUGUGCUCCUGAUCAGCUUCUGUCUGCGCGGAGAUGGAGAGUAGCCGCUUCUUUUCUUUCUUUGAGUGUAACAUGAGUUCUCCUGGAGGAUAUGAUGAUUUAAAAUUGCAUUCUAAAAUCAUGAAGCCAGCCCCUAUGCCACACGUCCUGCUACCUCUCAUAGAAUUGCUGAGUAACUCUAAAUUUAAAAUUAGAAGAACUGGGGAAGGACAAGCCAUCGUCCCUUUAUCUCUGAGAACUGGCUACUAUUUCUGAUAUAUUUUUUUUUUUCUAAGACAGCCAUAUAGUUAGGUAGGAAAAGGUUUUUAUUGAUGAGAUAUUGUUAAUCUUUCUUGAAUCAAUCAGUAUUCUAAAUUCAGCAAUUAGAAAAUUAUCCAUCAGGAAAAGAGUACUGUGAUAAAACCCAGUAUUCACAUUUUUUCCCCAUUUUUCAGAAGUGACAUUUUACAUAUUGGUGCCAAAAGUGAAUUGGGAUGGAGAGAGCAGGAGCCUUUCGGAUUUAUGGUCACUAUAGAAAUUGUAGAAAUUAUGAUCUGACUGGAAAACAACCUUGUGUCACCUCCCAAAGAAUCAUGGGCUUUUGAAUAAAAAAAAGCAAACAAAUAUACUUUUUCAGGAUUUCAGCCUUUUUAUUUUAUCCUUCUGUCAUGUAUGUAAAAUGCAAGUAUUAAAGAAAUUAACAGUAAGUUAUUCAUUAUUGUUCUUGUUUGAUGUUUGGCAAUAGACAAACUAUUUCAAUUCUUUGAAUUGGGUGGUGGGAAAUAAAAUUAUAAGUAUAAACAGUAA